AAACAAUUUCCAGGCCCUGUGUGUAUAAGACAUGUAGGAGCAGAGCAAUCCAGGUUAGAGGCCCAGCGCAGAAGUUCACAGCUAACUUGUUUUCUUUUUAUGGAGAUGAAGAGGAGUGCCUCUACAUAUGACAUCACAAGAAACUUGAAACCGUCAUUUGCAGUAGCCCUCCUACUCACUGCUUGCUCCCACAUUUGCUCCCCACUCCCUGAGUGUUCUGUUCUUCUCUGUGGGUCUUCAACAUCAGACCAUGGGACUAUUUUCACAAACCCCACCUCUGAUUCCAGGACUUCACCACACAAGUCCCCCCCUCUGCUUUAGAGGGGUCCUGUUUCCUGCUAUACAGAUUUAUCCUUUCAAUCCCUUUUCAUUCUUUAAAAUGAUUCCAUCUCACUGAAUCGUCCCAGUCAUAAGUAUGGAGCUGCAGAAGCUUUCCAAUGGAAAUCACCACUGUGACGAGGAUGCACCUGUGGAGGGAGGAAUUGCACCAGAAGAAGAAAAGUUCCUGCAGCAGAGUGAUGGAUCAAAGAGACCUCAGUUCACAGAUUUUGAGGGUAAAACCUCCAUUGGGAUGUCUGUCUUCAAUCUGAGCAAUGCUAUCAUGGGCAGCGGCAUCCUUGGUCUGUCAUACGCCAUGUCCAACACCGGCAUCGUCCUUUUCCUGAUCCUGCUAACAUGUAUUGCCUGUCUGUCCUGUUACUCCGUCCAUCUGCUUCUACGUAGUGCUGGAGUUGUGGGUAUUCGUGCCUAUGAGCAGCUUGGCAUGAGAGCUUUUGGUCAUCCAGGGAAGAUCAUUGCAGCAGUCGUCAUCACAUUGCAUAACAUUGGAGGCAUGUCCAGUUACCUGUUCAUAGUCAAAUCUGAGUUACCUCUGGUCAUCCAAGCCUUUCUUGGCCAAACAUCCAGCUCUGGCGAAUGGUUCAUGAAUGGAAACUACCUGAUCAUCAUCGUCACUCUCUGCAUCAUCCUCCCAUUGGCCCUGAUGAAACACCUGGGGUAUCUUGGCUAUACCAGCGGCUUCUCUCUGUCCUGCAUGGUCUUCUUCCUCUCUGCGGUUAUUUACAAGAAAUUCAACAUUGCUUGCCCUCUUGAAGUGUUUGGCAACUACUCUGUGAACGCAGCUGUCUCAGAGGACACAUGUGCUGCAAAAUUCUUUACCAUCAACCAAGAGACAGCGUAUACUAUCCCCAUCCUGGCAUUUGCUUUUGUUUGUCACCCUGAAGUGCUUCCCAUCUACACUGAACUGAGCAACCCAACCAAGAGAAGAAUGCAGAGUAUUGGCAACAUUUCCAUCCUGGGCAUGUUUGUUAUGUACUCCUUCACCGCCACAUUUGGCUAUCUGACCUUCUAUGAGAACACUGAAGCAGAGCUCCUCCAUACCUACAGUAAGGUGGACCCUCUGGACACUCUCAUCCUAUGUGUCCGUGUGGCCGUCCUGGUGGCCGUCGCUCUGACUGUACCGGUGGUCUUAUUUCCUAUCCGUCGGGCCCUUCUGCAGCUGCUGUUUCCAGGGAGACCCUUCCACUGGCUACGUCACAUCGCCAUCGCCAUGAUCCUGCUCUUUGUGGUCAACCUGCUGGUUAUCCUCGUCCCCAACAUCCGAGACAUCUUUGGCAUUACUGGGGCAACCACUGCUCCCAGUCUGAUAUUCAUCCUUCCUGGACUGUUCUACAUUCGCAUCAUCCCCAUUGACCAGGAGCCAUUGAACUCGAGACCAAAGAUUCAGGCUGCGUGUUUCACAGCCCUGGGUUUCAUAUUCAUGAUCAUGAGCGUGACAUUCAUCGGGCUCGACUGGAUGAGCGGAGAAAAGCGAAAUAUCGGCGGCCACUGAAGCGUCCCUGCAGCCCCCCAGCAGCCCACUGCUGCACCCCUCCUCCAGCAGCAGGGAUGAGAGGAGCCCCGUCUUGACCCGUGACCCACCCAGGUCAACAUAUGCACCAUCCGCCACAGGUGGUGUUCUUCGAUCUACACAACGUGGGUGUCUGUCCUAACGGCGACUAGAUGUGGUGUAUAUUCAUCAACCAGGGUCCAUAGGGAACAUGUGUUCAGUAGAUAACAUUUAUUUGCUUGAUAAAAAUACAAUUUAUUUUAAAAUAGGUCCCAUCAUUUUGUUGUUAUAAACAAAUAUUGAUUUGUAUAAAGUAUUGUGUACUUUGAUUCUGCACAGCAAUAUUUGGUCAAAUUAUUUUGGUCAUCAGCCAAAGCCAGACAUAAUGUGAAUGCAACUGCAAACUAAUUCAUUUUGGAAUUUAUUCUGGAUAGCAUAUGUGGGUAUUAUUCAAUAAACAAUCAACAAAAGAGACAA